AUGUUCUGUGAUAAAGAAUUUAUUUUAAUUUUAAUAUAUUUAUUUCUUGUUUCUCAUAUUUAUUCUAAUGAGGGACAAUUUUCAACACAAAAACGUUUACAAUACAAAAAUCGUGUUCAACAAAUGUUUUAUCAUGCAUAUGAUUCAUACUUAAAAUAUGCAUAUCCAUAUGAUGAAUUACGUCCAUUAACAUGUGAUGGUUAUGAUACAUGGGGAAGUUAUUCAUUGUCACUUGUUGAUGCGAUUGAUACAUUAGCUGUACUUGGAAAUAAUACAGAAUUUGCUCGUGUUUAUACAAUUAUUCAAAAUUUGGAUAUUGAACGUGAUAUAAAUGUUAGUGUAUUUGAAACAAAUAUUCGAGUUAUUGGUGGUCUUCUUUCUGCUCAUCUUCUUGCUAAACGUAUGAAUGUUUCUGUUGAUUCUACAUGGCCAUGUACAGGACCAUUACUUGAUCUUGCCGUUGCUCUUGCCAAUAAAAUUUUACCAGCUUUUGAUACUGAAACAGGCAUUCCUUAUGGUACAGUAAAUUUAGUUUGGGGUGUACCAAUAGGAGAAACAAAUAUAACAUGUACUGCCGGUGGUGGAACAUUUUUAAUCGAAUUUGGAACAUUAUCUCGUCUUACCGGUGAUCUAAGGUAUGAGCGUACAGCCUUAAAAGCUUUACAAAGUCUAUGGUCAAAACGAUCAUCAAUCAAUCUUAUAGGAAAUCAUAUAAAUAUUCAAACAGGUGAAUGGACAGCAAAUGAUUGUACAAUUGGUUCUGGUGUUGAUUCUUAUUUUGAAUAUUUAGUAAAAGGUGCAAUUUUAUUUCGACAACCAGAACUAAUAAAUAUGAUGAAUGAAUAUAUAAAAGCAAUUGAUAUACAUAUGAGUGAUGGAACGGGAUGGUUUGUUUUUGCAAAUUAUCAACAAGGUCGAAAAACAAUGCCAUUAUUUGCAUCACUGGAUGCUUUUUAUCCAGGUUUGUUGACAUUACUUGGUAAACUUGAUCGAGCACGUGAAACUUUAUAUGCAUAUCAUACAAUGUGGAGAAAAUAUGGUUCAAUGCCAGAAUUUUAUAAUCUUGCACAACAAGAUUGUAUGCAAGGUAGAGAAGGUUAUCCAUUAAGACCAGAACAUAUUGAAUCAAUAAUGUAUUUAUCGAAAGCAACUGAUGAUGAUACAUUUUUAUUUAUGGCUGCUGAUAUAUUUGAUGCUAUUGAAUCUUGUUGUAAAACUUCAUGUGGAUAUACAUCGUUAAAAAAUGUAAAAGAUCAUCAUCUUGAUAAUCGUAUGGAAUCAUUUUUUCUUGCUGAAACAAUAAAAUAUCUUUAUUUAAUAUUUGAUGAAAAUAAUUUUUUACAUUCAAAUGGAGAAUAUGCUACAGAACAUCGAACAUCAUUAGGUUCAUGUUUUCUUGAUACGAGUUAUAUUUAUAAUACAGAAGCACAUCCAAUUGAUAUUGGUUCACUUGAUUGUUGUACAUCAUCAUCAUUAAUAGUUGAAAAAUCAUCGAAUAAAAUUGAAAAAAAUUUAUUGACAAAAGAGCAAAUGAGAUGGUUAGGAAAUUCAUUAUUAAAUCAAGAUAACGAGAAAUUAUCUGGUGCAAUAAAGACAAAUUAUAGUUUAUUAACCUGUUCAUCUUUAACUUUUGAACAGCGUUUUUCUCUUUAUGGAGAAAUUUUAACAGAAAAAAGAAAAGCUAUUAUUUGUUGUGUUUUUCAGAUUGAAUAUUUUUUUUCCUUGAUGUGGCAAUUUAUUAAGCGACAUCGUCGAAAACUUUUCAUUAUAUCAUUACUGACUGGAGGCGGUUAUGCAGCAUUCCGUUUUAUAAAUGGGAAAUUAGCGACAAUGCUAAAUGAUCAAGAUAAAAUGUUGACGGAAUGGAAAAAACAACUCUAUUACGAACAUAAUCGUGAUACAAGCUUAAGAACAAGUACUGAUAUAUUUGCACAAGUUGUACUUAAUAUUAAUCGUAGAUUUCAAUGUGAAAAUAUUCUUGCUAGAUUGUCAACAAUAUCUGAUUCGACAGAAAAACGUGAAUUAUGGGAACAAUUGAGAGUUGAAUGUUUCGCUCGUUUAUUUACUUUUGCUUACAGCUCAAGUUUUGUACUAGCUUUAACUGAAUUAGUCGUUAGUGCUUUAAGUGGUCGACUAUAUUCUCAAUCUCAAUUACAACAUUUAUCAAUAAAAGAUAAUCCUGUAACAACAGCAGCUGGUGGUGUAUCAGCAACAAGCAAAUCAUCUCAUGCUGAAUCAACUCAAGAUCAUAAUUCAUUACUUUCACGAGAUAUUCAACUAGCUUGUCUUGAUGUUAUUCGUUAUACAACAGAUGCAGGAAUGAAUAGUUUGAUUGAUGAUGUACGAAAAGCUGCUCAAUCAAUUCUUUCAAGAAUUCCACUUCAACAAAUGCUUGACAUAAAUGAUAUUAUAUGGUAUUUUAGUGAAAUUCGUCAUCAAAUUGAAAAAAAACGAUAUCAAUCAGUUAAUAAUCAUCAUCCAUUACUUAAAUAUGUUCGAUCAAUUUCAUUUCCAAUACGAUCAACACAACCAGCAACAACGACAACGUCAGCUUAUUCAUUUUCCAAUAUUAUCACGACAGCUAGUUCAUUGAUUACAAAACGAGUACAUUCUCCAUCAUCGGUUUUUAAUGUUCAACAACAAUUUGAAAUUGAAUGUAUUGAAAUGAUUGAAAGUGAAACAUUUCAACGUGUAUUAAUUCAAAUAAUUGAUCAAAGUUUUUCUAAUAUUUAUGAUGAAUUAGCUCGAGAAAUGGCUAAAACAUCACCAACAAUAAUUAAUUCAUCAGAAAAUAAUUUAAAUGAUUCAACAAUAAUUAAUGAAGCACAAUUACCAUUUGCUAAAAUAGUUCCUAUGAGUAAUAAUAUUUAUACAAAAUUAUCAAGUCAUCAUGAACAACUUAUGCUUCAUUUUCAGAGUCUUGCAUGUCGACCAGAAUUACAUGAAUAUACAAAAUAUGCAUAUGAUUUAUUUUCCAAUGAGUCAUUACAAUCAGCAAAUCAUACACCUUAUUCAUUUUUACCAUUAACAUCAUCAUCAUCAUCUUUACAAUCUAGUUUAUCAUCAUUUUUACAAUCAUUGAUGUCUCCAUAA